AUGCCGGAUGAUGGUUUGUUUGUCGAAGAAAGGUUGUCAUAUGAGGGAUUGAUUAGUAAGAUUUGUAUGACCCUUGGUUGGGAUCCAGCACACGUGAAACUCCACCUUUCUUUGAUUUUCGAUAGUCCCGGUGGUAGGCGUGUAGUGAAAAUCAAGAAUGAUUCGCAUGUAGAGUUCAUGAACCGUGUAGAUCCAAUGUCAUGUUUGGAUUUAUACAUAGAUUUGGAAGAUAUCACUCAAGAAGAAAGAGAAGCGAGUUUGGAAAACAUGUCAUUUGGUGAUUUUCGAAGGGGAGAACGUGCUAGUACUUCUCGAAACCGUGAUGAAGAGGAGACACCUUUAUUUGCACAAAAUGACUACCGGGAAGAGUUGGAUUCCGACUACAUAGCUCCAAGUGAAAGCGAAGAAGACUAUGAUGUCUCCGGAGAGAGUGAUUUUGAAGAAAGUGAUGAUGAAAGGUUGGAAAAUGAGGAAAGGGAUUGUAAUCUAUUCGCCCGACGCCAUGUAUAUAGUAAGAUGGGGAACUGGGAUGCCUCAUGUGUAGACAAGGAUGAGUUUGCUCUUAAGAUGUGGGAUGAGACGCCCGAAGGAAUGGACAUUGGUGUUUGUUUCAAAUCUCAAUCAGAAGCAAAGCAUGCUGUGAAAUUAUGGAAUAUCCAUCAUAAAAGGGAAUAUACGGUCGCCGCGAGUAGUCCAAGGACAUGGGCUGUGCGGUGCAGAACAUUUAAUGUGGAAAGUGAGGAUGGUGAACCACCAUGUGAGUGGAAGAUGCGUGUGUCAUUGAAAGCUCACGGCCUUCAUGAAAUUGUGAGAUGGCAUGAUGCACAUAAUUGCAUGACUCCUGUGAAUGAUAAUGACAAUCGGUGUGUGGACGCGUCUUUGAUUGCUAGACUCAUCAGGAGAAAGGUUGAGGACAACGUAGAUUAUACGGUAGCCUCGGCACAGAAAGAUGUGAAGACCUUAUUGAAAGUAGAUGUGCCAUACAAAAGGGCGUGGCACGGGAGGAGGAAAGCCAUAGAAGCGGUUUAUGGUGAUUGGACCUCCAAUUUCGAAGAACUUCCACGGUAUAUCGCUGCACUUAAGUUUACUAAUCCUGAGACUGUAGUAGAGUGGGAAUGGAAGGAGGGACAAGAAGGGUUGUUGAGCGCAAUGUCACAGAUGGAUGAAUGGCGUGAUUUAGGUGAUGGUGGGCACUUUCUUUGCCUCCGCCACGUUCGCAGCAAUCUUGUGUCGCGAUAUAAUAGCAAAGAGGUGAAGCGGUUAUGUUGGAAGAUGGGCACGACACUUUCAAGAGUGAAAUACAACCGUAUGAGGGCAGAGCUUAUUGAAUUCAAACCUGCUGCAUGGGAGUAUCUUCGAGGGAUUGGGGGGAGUAACUGGGCUCGAUUGAAAGCCGGUCUUCGCCGUUGGGGCAUAGCGACAACCAACAUUUCUGAGAGUUACAACAAUGCGUUGAAAGGGAUCCGUUUUUUACCAAUUAGAGCCUUGAUCGAUGCAACCUUUCGCAAAACUGUUAAAUUCUAUAGAGAAGAACAAUUGUCUGCGAGAAAUUGCAUGACACCGAUCCCUCCUGAGUUAUGGAAAAAAUACGAGAAAAUGAAUGAUAAAGCAGCCAGUUUUGAAGCCACCCCUUUCGAUGGUGAUGAUGCUAUGUGGCGUGUUGUUACUGCCACACGCCUAAGUGGCAGGGGUGGGUCUCUGCAUACGGUAUGGGCGUAUGAGCGGAUCGAGAGGAUCGCGCCCCAAAGAAAAGGAGUAGAUUAUUUGCUUGAUGAGACCGCUCCAUUAGCUCAGCGGUACACGUACGGCGACGCCCCAAGGAGCAGCACUCCACCGUUUAGAGAUCAAUUAACAAGUCUGCGUGUUGAAGAUUUUCGGUGGCAACCAUAUGCACAUGUCCUCCAUAGACUCCCUGAUUUCUGUACACAAGGCCAAGCCAUUUGGACGACUAGGUGUUGGAUGUUCUGUUGGGCUAUUAGGGAACCCCACGAGUCGGGCAGAGUCGUAAGACAAUUUGGAUACAUACAGGAUGUUCCCAAGCACCCCAUGAUUAAAGAUAACGCAGCAUUUCUUCUCGAUCACGCCCACAUACGCCGUCAUUGGAAUAGGAGAGAAGAGUUCGGUGAAGUAUUGAACAACAUUCGCGUGAGUACCGAGAGGUUUAGAGAAAACGAGAAGAUGAUAAUCUCCUAG